AUGGAAACAUCAACAAACGAAUUAUUAUCAUCAUCAUCAUUUACACCAAUAGUUUGCCGUAAUUUUACAAUGAUCGGUGUUUCGUGUUGUUAUACUCUUCAGCCAUGCCAGAAUAAUGGAACAUGCGAAGAUACUCAGGCUAAUAUUGAUGGUUAUUCUUGUUCAUGUCCAUUUGGAUUUUCUGGUUUUCAUUGUGAAAUUGACCAUCGACCUUGUAUAUGUUCUGUUACAUCAAAUUCAACAUUUAAUUGCACAUGUGACGAUGGUUGGCAAGGAAUUCAUUGUGAAUCAACGAUAAACUUUUGUGAUACUGUUAUAUGCGAAAAUCAAGGUAUUUGUCGACCAUUAUUAUUGAAUUAUACAUGUGAAUGUCCUAACGGUUAUUCUGGUCUUCAUUGUGAAAUAAAUUCAAUUACAGCUCCAACCAUAUCAACAAUUAGUACAACAACGACUAUGCCAUCGACUGUUGAUCAACAGGGCAAUAAAACAAAACUUUCUCCAGCUGGUAGAAAGAUUUUGGGUGGUCAUUUUUUGGAAUAUCACUAUACUAUGUGA